AUGUUGCUCGCCGUGGUACGGUGCAUCGUCGAUUACAACGACCGAUUCCCCUGUACGCCGCCGCCUUCACUCGCCACACCACCCGGCUCCGCAGCCUCUACACCCACAGCUGCGCUGCCGCCGCCUUCGCGCGCCACACCACCCGGCUCCGCGGUCUCUACACCCACUGCUGCGCUGCCGCCGCGGUCUGCCCUAACUGAUACGUCGCUCACCGCCUCGACGCCAGCCACCGCUUCACCUGCUGUCACCGCCGCCACACCUACUCAUUCAGCUCCCGCUACACCUGCCGCCGCAUCAUCUUUGUUGGAGUCAUCUGCCCAGCAUUCCGACUUAAUUAAUGAAAAUGUGGCCUUGAAGAAAAAAAUUGAUGAGCUCAACACAAAACUGCAAACGUCCGUCCACAAGAAGGUAGCGCUCGCCAACAACUACAUGAGCGAACUAUGCGAGCGCUAUAAGGGUGCUGCUUUCCUGGACAUUAGUGACCUGAGUCGUCAUCACUUCACGGCUCACGGCCUUCACCUUACCACUGCAGGAAAGGCUAUACUGGCUGACCUCAUUGUGAAGGGGUUGAACAGCCCGCCCAGAACCUUCAACAGAACGCCGGCAGAAUCAGCCCCGAGACCGCCACUGCCGCCGCCGACGCCACCGCCACCGCCAACUAGCGCCCAAGGCCACAACACCUACGCGGAGGCU